AUGUUACUCAAUAACACGGGGUUUUGCUUCCCCGCCUUUCUUAAGAGAGUUGUCGCUUCUCUUGACCAGACUGCCUUUGAGGAAGCACAACAACGGGACGAUACUGCAACAAGAGCUUUCACAUCGGUUCCAAUCACAACUUCCGAAGGGCAGUGUCUCUUCGUGGAUGAACUUUCCGGUGACUUCAGAGCGAACUUGACACCAAUUCAAAUAGCUGCCUGUGAUGGCAGUACAGGGCAGCUUUGGGAUGUUCUUACGAGUGGAACUCACAACAAUGUGGCAGGUAGUAUGCUAGUUGUCAAUACUUUGACCCAAGCUUGUUUAAACUUUGAUCCUCGCCGUGCGGCGGGCAAUACCGUCAUCAUGUUCUCUUGCGGUGGUCGUGCUGACGGAGAUGGGCUUGUCACAAACUCCCAGCUCUUUCCAUUCAAUGGAACUUCCGGCCCACUUACUUUUUCUCCCGAGAAUGCCCCAGGCACCUGUUUAUCUGUUACUGCUGCAAACGUUCUCGAUCAGGCUCCCUGUGAUGAAUCUGAUUCUAGCCAAACAUUUACUUUUGGUGCCCCAAGCGCCUCCGCCGAUCCAGCAAUCACUAGCUCUGUUGCGCCAGUGGCCUCAAAUGCAGCAGGUGUUUCAUCGUCGACUGUCCUGAUAUCUUCAGUAGCCACGUCUUCAUUGCCUUCUCCUGCUUCUCCAUCAUCAGUGGCUGUCACUGCAGCUGCUUCUGCUGUACCGACAAGCGAUCCAACGAUCCCUCAUCCCGUAUCCCGUGCUGGAGGUGUACUCGAUCCUUCUGCCGCAGCUGAAGCCAAUGAAAUGGAUAAUACCGCCGUAAAGGCUUUUUCGUCCGUCGCUUUGAAAGAUGCAUCUGGUCAAUGUCUAUUCGUUGAUCCAACUGCGGGCGACUUUAGACAGAAUUUGAUUCCAAUCACUCUACAAACAUGUGAUGGAAGUCAAAAUCAAGCUUGGGAUAUUGUUACAAGUGGAAAGCAUAAUAACGUGGCUGGUUCGGUGCUUGUAGUUAGCAGCUUGGUGAAUAGUCUUCUUCACUAUGAACAGUCGUCGCAAGAUGCUAAUAAUUCUGGACAGACUCAAGGAUGUCUUAACUUUGACCCGAGAAGAGCUGCUGGCGAUACAGUUAUCAUGUUCUCUUGCGGGGGAAGAGCCGAUGGUGAAGGCGAAACAGACAUUUUACUUGCCCCUGAAAAUGGAAAUAAUGCAACUUGUCUUGUGGGAAAUGCUGAUGGAAAGCUAGACUCUGCUGCUUGUGCUGGUGACGCUACAAACCAAUCAUUCACUAUUUUGACAGUUUAG